CCAAAAUAUCCCGGUAUAUGCUGCUUCAGAGAUAUUAUCCAAUCGUCAGUGAAAUUCAAGAAAAAGAUAAAAUGCUGGCGCUCAGUUCAUCUCCCACAUUCUGCCAAUUCCCUCCGCGCCAUACAUUUCGAUUUAGGGUUUCAACCCUUGUCAAAGCCCUUUCCUCCACCACUUCCGCCGACUGCAACGCCGGCGUAAGAACAAGCUAUGAAGGAGUUAAAUUGGAGGAGAAAGUGGCAGCUGAAGGCGCCGCGAAAACUAGGCUCGACACUUGGAUUUCUACCAAAAUUAACGGAAUCAGCCGAGCUAGGGUUCAAUCCAGUAUACGCGCUGGCCUUGUAUGCGUUAAUGGCCGCAUUGUCGAUAAGGAUACCAAUGAGGCUCCUAAGAACACACACCAUCCUGUUAAGGACCUUCCAGUGAAGGUAUCAUAUGCCGUGAGAACAGGCGAUGAAGUCAACUGCACUAUAGCAAAAUUGCAACCAUUGAGGGCUGAUGCAGAGGAUAUACCUUUGGAUAUUAUAUAUGAGGAUGAUCAUGUUUUAGUUGUGAAUAAACCUCCACAUAUGGUUGUCCACCCUGCACCUGGAAAUCCAAGAGGCACUCUUGUUAAUGCAGUUUUGAACCAUUGCAGUCUUCCCAAUGCUGCAUUAACUGAUGCUGAAUGGCUUUCUGAGGCAGAUGAUGUUUCUGAGGAUGAUCUGAAUAUAGAUGUCCAUCCUACAAAUCAAAGUACUUGUGAAGAGACAGAUCCCUGCUCAAUUCGCCCUGGGAUAGUGCACAGGCUAGACAAAGGCACUAGUGGAUUGCUGGUGGUUGCUAAGAAUGAACACUCUCAUGCUAAUUUGGCAGAGCAAUUUAAAGCCCAUACAGUUAACAGAGUUUACUUGAGUGUCACUUCUGGGCUGCCUACUUCUGCUUCUGGUCGCGUUGAGGUUCACAUCGGUCGUGAUUUAAAUAACCGAAUUCGGAUGACUGCUAUUACUGGAAAUAAAUACUCCGGAUCUUCAAGACAUGCUGCUAGUAGGUACAAAGUGCUUGAAGUAUUAGCCAAUGGUGGUGCAGCGUUGGUUGAAUGGAGACUAGAAACUGGGCGUACACAUCAGAUCCGAGUGCAUGCAAAAUACUUGGGCAUUCCGCUAGUGGGAGAUGAACUGUAUGGUGGAACCAAGGACAUGACCCUGUCGUUGCUUCGACAAAAAAACCCAUGCGUUGGUCAUUUACAACUCGACAAUCUAGUUUCCAGCAUAGAAAGGCCCUGCCUCCAUGCUAUGGUUCUAGGGUUUAAGCAUCCGUGUACUGGCAAAUACAUGCACUUCUCAUGCCCUCCACCUGUUGAUUUUGCUGAAAUAUUGAGUCAGCUGCGCAAUAUCUCAAAGUAGAAAGAUGCCCAUACUCUGCUGAUACCACAAAUCCACAAGUACUUGUCAAGAACUCAAGAUCCACUGAGUGGUGCUCCAACACACCCUUUCUUACAAGGGUCAAGCAAAUAGCGACAGUGAAUGUAGGCAACGAUCAAGCAGUUUCUUGUAGGGGCUGACAACCCUCGUAUAGUAUGAAGCACCGUUCUCCCUCAUAGCUCGUUCACCAGAGGGGCAGAUGCUUCCCCUUUGAACUGAACACGUGCUAGGAAGGGUGCAUGUUCAACUGCACUUUUCUAGUUUUCUUCUGCGGAGGGGGUGGGAGGUUUGUCAAAGAGCAGUUUUUCAAGGACAGGCUUGAAGUUUAUUCCUUGGAUAGUGAGUAGUGCUCAAACUCUCUGAUAGCUACUCUUUGCAACACCCUUUGCCCUACCAUGCAAUUCUAAGGGCUUGGUUAAUCUAUAUUGCUUAGUAGUUUGCUCUUAAUUGCACUCUUUGAUUUCAGGAUUAUUUAUAAUGUAAACUAGUAUAGUGCCCAUGUGUAUAUUAAUUAUACUGAAAAAUCUAAAACACAAUUUAUUCAAAUGAGUAAUACUAACUAGUGAACUCCUUUACCAUUA